CCGUAGUCAGAAACCGGGCUCGAUCUCCUCGUCGGCCCGCCCACGUCAAAACAGCGAGCCGAAAAUGGAGCACGCGACCCCUCCGGCCGCCGCCGUCGGCGUCACGGCCACCGUCGACCUCUCCCCUGCGGCCACUGACCUUGGCGGGGCGCACCUCCUUCCCUGCGGCAUCAGGCAGAACGGCGGCGCCCCCGUCUCCGACUAUUUCAAGCCUAGGAGCACAGGUGUGGAGGUGGAGGGGGUGAGGGUGGAGGAGGCAUUCUUCCGCGGGAGGAAGCUGCCGGGCGCUACCCUCGCACUCCCGGAUGGCUACCGAGGUUAUGUAUUGGAGAAGAAGAGUGGAGGAAAGGAUACACAGAAUUCAGAAGGUGAAGUGAGUAAUUUUGUAUCACGUGCGGAAUUCCAGAACAUAACCUACUGGAAUCAUGAUACCACACCAUCAGCAGAGGAUUCCCUCCCAAGGUGCUUUCAUUGGCUAACUGUUGCAAAUGCGAUGCACAAGCCAGUGACAGCUGAAGAGCUGGCUAACAUGUCAGCAAUGCAGAAUCAGGACGGCUAGCUUCAUUGUAUGCUGAUUAUGAUUUUCCUAUAUGAUGUAACUGUGGCACCGGUGGGAAAAGUCUCUACUCAAUGUAAUCUCAGCUUGGCGAACCAUCCUGACAAGCUAUCUACCUGUCUAACAAGUAGCAUACUUUUCAGCGCAUCCACUAGGGCUAACGGUACUCUUCUUCAGGAGAUCCGCCUUCAGUAGCACGAUAAUGCUUGACGUAAUGCAGACCAUUGAAGUAGCCUUCAGUAGCCUUCAGUAGCUGGAUUGCUGGAAGCCUGGAACUAUCGUGUUCAUUUCUGCAAUACAGACAUUGAAGUAUAAAUUAUCUGUGGUACUGUUGAAGUGCGACA